CAUACUUUUCGAAAUACGUUUCCUGCUGCUUGGCUUUAUUUCCAAUAACAUUGUGAGGCACGAAGAGAUAUAUUCAAAAUAUGUAUUUAAAAAAAUAGAACCUCGAUGGGUGAACAAAUUCGAAAUUCACCUCUCUUCAAACCAGACGUUUAUUUACAUGUAGCUACGGAAUCCGCGUCAGUCCGAACUUCAUCUUCUCAAAACUGCACCUCUGCUCCUUCGCUUGACUUCAGUGACGAUGGAAAACUGCAUCCGCCAGCUAGCUCGUUAGCUAACCCCGAAUAACUCAAUAAUGACGCGUUUUAGUGUAAACAACAGUGAACGGCCUCGUAAUGCCGUUGCGUCGUGUUAUUUACGGUACAAAGAAGAGCGUGGACAUGUUAGUGACGUUCCAGUCCUGCUAUAGCGCGACAAUGUGCGGGUUAGAUUAGCUCCGGUUGCUAAGUGACUCGGUGUGAUUUGAUAUGGCAGCUCCGGAACCACCUAGCAUCCACCACAGCUCGACCCAUUUUAUCAUUUGUUCACACUUGAUGACAAUAAACCUUUUGAAAGUGUAUCCGGUGUAUGACUAAAGUUACGGCGUCGACCCUUUUGGCAUUUGUUAACGAAACCGCCUGGCAUGGAGCCAGGCGACUUGCGGGAGAGCCCCGCCGGUUCGGGAGAGUCCGAUGCCGGCGACUGGAGGGAGGUUCGGCCCGGCGGGGAGGACGAAGGGAAAGCUGCCCACAUUGAGCCUAUUGCGACCACGGAGUUGUCACCGAGAGACACCUGCCGCCAUGACGUCGGGGGCGAUAAAGCAACUAAAACGGGCGACCAGCUUCACAGCCCUUACGACGACGAGCUGGACCCCCGAAUACAGGAAGAGUUGGAGCACUUAAACGAAGCCAGCGCUGAAAUAAACAAGCUUGAGCUGGAAUUAGAUGAUGCCCGGUCGGGAUACCGCAAGAUUCUCACAGAGUCUGCUCGGAAGCUAAAUGCUCACAGCUCCCAACUGGGUACAUGCAUCGAGAAGGCCAGGCCCUACUACGAGGCCCGGCGGCUGGCCAAGGAGGCUCAGCAGGAGACCCAGAAGGCAGCGCUGAGCUAUGAGCGUGCUGUCUCCAUGCAUACGGCGGCUCGGGAGAUGGUGUACGUGGCGGAACAGGGCCUCAUGGCGGACGGAAAGAACACCUUGGACCCAACCUGGCAAGAAAUGCUCAACCACGCAACCUCCAAGGUGAACGAGGCUGAGGAAGAGCGUCUCCGCAGUGAGCGUGAACACAUGCGCGUCACUCACGCGUGUCAAGAGGCUGAGGCUCGUGUGCAGACUCUGCAGAAGUCGCUGAGGAGAGCCAUCCUCAAGUCCAAGCCUUACUUUGAGCUCAAGGCACAAUUUAACCACAUACUUGAGGAGCACAAGACCAAAGUUGUCCAGCUGGAGCAGCACGUGUCCAAAGUCAAGACUCGCUACUCCAUCGCUCUGAGGAACCUGGAACAGAUCAGCGAGCAGAUCCACGCUCAGAGGGGCCACGAUGCCCCUGUGCCUGGAGGGCGCAGCCCCCCUGUGGGGGCUGAGUCAGACACCUACAAAGAGGGCAGAGCCUGCGGGAGCGCCGGCCCGCCGCCCAGCGACCGGCCGGACCCGGACAAGGUGCGCGAAAGGGCCGGCUCGGACUCCCAGUCUGUCUUCAGCCUGCAGACCAUCGCCUCCGAUCUGGAGAAGUACGACUCGGUAGAGCACCUGGGCAACCUUAGCGACGCUGGCAGCGUGACGGGCGAGGAGGGCGAGCGGGACCAGAAUCGGGUGGCAGAGCGGCGGGAUAAGCUGAACCAAGUUAGCGCCCGCCACCGCCAACAGGAGUUCUCAAAGCAGCACCACCGCAGCUUCAGCUUGUAGUACUACUACUCUAAUCAAGUAAAACUACAAACAUGACUGCCGAAGUGUAAAUAAGCACUCUCGUGUACGUACAGGCUGUGUUGGGAUUCACUCGCGAGCCAUCGCAUCGUGCCCCAUUUGGCCAGUUGGCCAUUUUGCAAUCAAAAGUAGUGAACAACUAAACAAGGGAAUAGUUAGUGGACUAUCACUAUUCCGGAAUUUGUUGUGGACUUUUUAGUUCCCCUAAAUACCAUAGUCAAGUAGCAUUGUAAGCUAGUUCAAAUCUAUAAUUCAUGUGCUACUUUGCUCUCAUUCACUGCUGGUGGCUCACCUGGUAGGAAUCCUUUACCAUUGUACUACCUACUACAUGAAUUCUUUGGGGUCGGGGUGGGGGUGUAUCUAUUUGCAGCACAAGCUAGUUUCAAUGUUGACAUGCACUUCUCUAAGGGAAUCCAUUCGCAUUGCAUGUUAAGACUAAUGGGUGGUUAGCAUGAAGAAAGGUGGGGGGGAUUGAUCUGUAGCUGUUUAUGUAAUGCAGUGAAACGUGUCAUGUACACCCCCAACCCACCCAUUUUCAGAGUUUACGUAUUUACUGGCAUUGCUUGAUGUUGCACACGUUUUACGAGAAUGUUAUUUAUUCUGGCGGAAACUUGGAGCGCUGAUGGCGUUUAACAUGCUAUAUGACGAUGCUCUCAUUUUUAUUUUCAGCGAAAUAACUCAAAUGUCUUUAUUUCCAAUUGUGUGUGUGUAUAUCAGGGAGUAGGAUAAUAGUGAACUAAUCCGAACACAGAGGCUAGUAUUUUUUUCUUUACUUUGCCCUUUAGAAUGAUUUUUUAAAAUUAUUAUUAUUAUUUUUAAUUUGAAGUCUGCCUUGCCACAGACUAACUACCAGUUUCAACGGCAGCCGUGCUAUGUAGUUUUAACUGAUGCAUAAUGAAGUACAAACGUGUGCUCCCUUGGACGAAUAUUUAUAUUGAGCGGUAAAGGUUAGCACCGUGAUGGCGAAUGAUGAGGAAACAAAAUGAAUAGAAUUGAAAAUCACACCUCUUACAACAUUUGAAAUUGCUGUGAAAAUUUCAAUUAUUGCUGAGAAUAAUAUAAAACAAAGCCAUGAGAACAAAGUUUGACGAAUGUAACAAUGUUCUGUGACUGUGCAAAUACGUAGAAUUUUGGAGACUGUCAGACAGAUUCAUACAUCGUCAAAGAUGGAAAAUUCUGAUCACACAGUAGAAUCUUAAUUUUUCCCCUUGCAGCAAUAGUACGAGAAUUUAUUCGUCACGUUUUGUCCAAAUUCUGUAAUCCUGAUUUUAUACUUAAUAUUUUUUUUAAUCUAAGAUUUUUUUAAUUGAUUGUUAUUAUUGAUUUUUGUGGAUUCAGAGAUUGGAAUUGUUGAAUUGUUCGUCUGUCCCCCCCCCCCCCCCCCCCGCAAGAUAAUCAUGACAUGAAUCACAAUUCUUUUGUCUCAAAAUUGUUAACUUUAAAUUCAGUGUAAUAAUCAAAAUUAUUUAAAAAAAAUCCUCCGAUCCAUUAUAAAUAUGCCACUCAAACAAGGCAAUUUAGUUACCGGUAGAUUUUUUUAACCAGCUCUGUUUGUUUUAUUUUCUUGUGUGACUUGUUUUUAUCCUAUGAACACAACAUUGGUAAAUAUUGAUGGACAUUUGCCUCCUCUGAGUUGUUCAGAAAAUCCUCACGUUAAUAUCACACCUUACCUUCAUCAUCAAAUAACAUGACUAAAAUAAAGUUGCACAUAUUGAUAUUGGA